AUGGUGGUUUCAAGCAGCGGUGAUGUUCAAGUAGAAACUGAAUUGAAAUAUGAUCGGCAAAGCGAAUUGAAGGCAUUUGAUGACACAAAAGCUGGUGUAAAGGGGCUCGUUGAUUCUGGGUUGGCGAAACUCCCACGCAUGUUCAUCGAUGACCAAUUCCAGCUCAAUGGAAAACCAGAAUGCAGCAACUGGAAGUUCAGUAUCCCAGUGAUAGAUUUGGAUAGCGUCGAUAGAAGUGCUAGACAACGCACGGAGGUAAUUGAACAAGUUCGAGAAGCUUGUGCAAAGUGGGGCUUUUUUCAGGUUGUCAACCAUGGAAUUCCAGUGAGCGUGCUGGAUGAAACAAUUGAUGGGAUACGAAGGUUUCAUGAGCAAGACAUUGAGGAGAAGAAAUGGUUCUACUCACGAGAUUACUCGAAGAAUGUAUUGUACAAUACUAAUUUUGAUUUUUACUCUGCACCAUCGACUAACUGGAGGGAUUCCUUGACUUGUGUUAUGGCUCCUGAUCCACCCACUCCUGAAGAACUCCCAGCAGUAUGUAGGGACAUUAUACUUGAAUACUCGAAAGAAGUGACGAAGUUGGCACUCACUCUUUUCGAAUUGAUGUCGGAAGCUCUUGGUCUUGAACCCAACCACUUGAAAAACAUGGGCUGUGCUGAGGGACUUUCUUUACUAGGCCAUUACUACCCAGCAUGCCCUGAACCAGGGCUAACUAUGGGCAUUAGUGGUCAUGCCGACAGCGGUUUUCUCACCGUGCUUCUACAAGAUCAUAUCGGUGGCCUCCAAGUCCUCCAUGAAAAUCAGUGGCUCGAUGUUCACCCCAUUCAUGGGGGACUGCUAAUCUCCAAUGACAAGUUUGUCAGCUUGUACCAUAGAGCUCUAGCAAGAGAUACAGGCCCAAGAAUUUCUGUGGCAUGUUUCUUGAGAACACAAUUUCCUGAAGAGUCUUCUAGGCUAUAUGGACCAAUCCCGGAGCUGCUAUCGGAAGAGAACCCCCAGGUCUACAGAGAAACCACCAUUAAAGAAUUUCGGCUACGUAAAAUCUCAAUGGGAUUCACCAGUCACGAGUCCAGUGGUGAGAUUGAGAGUCGCUCACCGAUGAUACUCGGGUUUAAUUCUCUCGCGCAUGCUUAUCAUCUCCGCGAGUACCUUACCCGUCCACUUGGACUUGCGAGUGUUCGGUGGAUCCGGGAAUUAGUCGAAGUGCACGCAAUUUCUUCCACAAAUAUGAAUGACAAGUAA